AAACAAACGACACUCGACAGUUGCCAUUUGCCCAUGUCUAGUCCGUAUUCAAACUGCUCUACCUGAAAAUUCGGAUACUUAUGCAUUGGCCGUGACCUCUUUCAAUACCUCAUUUGAUAAUGACACUUUGUCUGACUCCGCUCUAGAGCCCAUUAGGAUUAACGAGAUGUUCUCGUUGCCUAGUGAUGCAAAUGAUUUUCACAUUGCACCUUCUUGGUACGAGCGAAGGAACCCUAAUGGGCUUGCAAUUGUGCGAGCCUUACUUGACUGCUGGCCAGACUGGCUUGGUCUGCAUAUCUUCCCUUCACAGUGCAGAGGGAGUAUAUGAAACUAAUAUAAAAAACACACAGCAAGAAAGGGAGAGGCAAUGCCAUGAAGAGGAAGGGCGUAGAAACCUCGCGAUGCAGUACGCGGAGGGAUAUCACGGGAAAGCCAGGGAAAUAGGCGAGGAAGGUAGAAAGUGACGGAAGUGUGAGGCGCCCACUUCCAGGCCGCGUAACUGCCUCCGACAGCUCGAGGUCAAGGAUAAUUCUUGGUAACAGACGAGGAAGGAGGAGUUGGAUGUACUUUCCACUUAUCUUAAUCUACCUAACCUACUCAAGCGUUCGUAGGUCAGCUCUUCCCGUUGCUGCCUUCCAUUUCACGGCGCCUUCCCCAGGCCACCCGACACGAACGACACGCUCUCUCCUGGUGCAUAGCAAUCUUCACUGCCCUCCCCGGGCACGUCUCCUUUCUUUCUUCUCCCCCGUGGAUCUUCACCUUAUUGUCGCAUUUUACUUAACCCAAUACCAACCUUCUACCUUGUUCCACCCCCAUCGAGCUACCUUCUCACAAGCGCACCAUUUGAGCCUCGAGGUGGCUCAGUUGAACACAAUCAACCAGGACGUCAGUAGACUGCCUGUUCUACACUUCUGCAACCCUCUACGAACGCUGUCUCUCUGUAGCCCCCUCCCC